AUGGGCCACUCCGCAAAAAUCACGCGAGGCGGCAACAAAGCACGGGUCAAUCAGGGCCGUCUCGAGGCGAAACUCCGUGCGCAGGGUGCCAAGCCGCACACCACCACUGUAAAGGAGUCCGUGGAAGCAAAGCGCCUCCUCAAGCACCGGGCGCAGGCCAUCGCAGGGGAGCUGAAGGCAAAGGCGCAGGCGAGCAGCAGCGCACCUAGCCAGGAGCAGCAGCUGCGACCCACAAGUACGGGCACGUCAGUUGUGCGCAUGGCACCGAAGCUCAGCGCUAAGACGAAGCCCUUCACGCACUCGGAGUCGAGGUGGCACCCCGUGUGCGGCUACCUAAAAGAAGCGCGACAUGUUUGUGUAUCUGACUUGUUAAUCGAGCAAAGACCCACUGGGGAGGCCCCGGUGUGCGCUACCGUUGUGCUGGCAUGUGUGUCGGCGAACUCUCCAGGGAGUAUCCCGCUCAAUAGGAAGGAGGUGGAGAACAAAGAACUCGACGGGCACCCACUAGUUCACUUACAAGGGAUUCCCUGUCUCGCCACCUCUCUUCUAGCGAGUAGAAGGUUUCUUCUCUUGGGCAGGUGCAUUGCAGCGCUGCUGCUGCUGCUGCUGGGCUGUUCAUUGUGUCCUGGUCCCCUCUCCUUCAUCUAUCUAUUCACCCUUCUCCUGGUUGAUUGUAACUCCACACACUCGUACACGCGUCUAGUCACUGACCUCUCCGCACGCGAACGCCCCACCCCGUCAACGUCUUAACGCACUUCGGUCCGAGAUCGGCUCCUCUUUUCACUCUCUAAUUACUUUACAGUCCUUUCUGGAAGCAAAAUGAUGCGCCGUGUCAUUGCUCAGCCUGUCGCCCGCCGCACGGCCGCCGCGUCGAGCGUGCUCGUGGUCACUCCUCGCAAGGCUUCCACUGUCGCCAUCUCCGUCCAGGGGCUGCACUACGUUGGCACUGGUCUUGCCGCCAUCGCCCUUGCUGGUGUCGGCAUGGGUAUCGGUACCAUCUUUGGCUCCCUGCUGAUGUCCUGCGCUCGCCAGCCCAACUUGACCAAAAUGCUCUUCAACUACGCCAUUCUCGGCUUCGCCCUGACGGAGGCCAUUGGCCUGUUCGCUCUGAUGCUCGCCUUCCUCAUGCUCUUCUCGUAGAGUAGCGGACAUGUGUGUGUGUGCGGUAAUUGGGUAGAAGCUGAAAAGAAGCAGAGAAGAAACUCUUCAGGGGCGGCCGUGGGCAGCGCGUCGCUGGAGUGGGGGAGAGGGAUGAGUAGUGCCGCACACCGUGUGCAACUACGACACGGGAGGAGUGCACGCCUGUCAAGUGAAGUCGUCAUGUUGGCAUCCUUUUCAGACUCUGCUGUUUGUGUGUGA